CAAUACUCUGUGUUUCCGAUAAAAGUAAAAACAUCAUAAAAAAAUGAAGAGCAGUAUAAUUGGAUUAUUAGUUAUCCUACUAGUGUCUUUAGUUUUUGUGGCAGCAGAUGAAUCAAAUUUUAUCAGCGACCUGUUGGAAGAAUUCCCAGGUGUGUAUGAAUUUAGAAAAUAUGCAGCCAACCAAUAUUGUUUCGGAAAUAAUAACUUUAAAUGUAAUAGCCAAGGCAAAAUCACAGAAAUUCAAAUUGAAAAUAUUAAUCAAAAUGGUCAUGUACCAGUGUCAAUAUCUACCCUAACGGAAUUGCAUAAAAUUGAUAUUUCUAAUAGCUCUAUUGAAUUAGACUGGAACAAUAUCAACAAUAUAAAGAAAUUAGAUAUCCUAAUAUUUUCAGGAAAUAAACAUAAAAUAGUAAAAUUUCCGACGUUAACAAUAGAUUUGAAAUAUUUAGAUCUUUCCAACACCAGGUUUGAUGGUGAAUUAACUAAAUUACCAAGUACCCUAUUAUAUAUCAACAUUUCAAAUACUGGUCUAACUGGUAGCAUUCCAAGUUUUAUUAAUAACCCUAAUUUGAGAUAUUUUGAUGUAUCAAAUAAUAAAUUAAAAGGCGACCUUCCAGAUUUUGAUAGAACGAAUUUAUUGAUAUUAAACGCUUCAAAUAACAUGUUAAACUAAUAAUAAUACAGAAUUCAAUAAAAAAAUAUCAAU